CACAAUAGAAUCAUUGCAUUCCAACUUUUUACAAUGAAGACAACUGUUUUGUAUUUGACACUAGCAGUGGCAAUUUAUUUGAGCCUAAAACUUGAAUAUAAUAAUGCUGUAAUUUUCAAAAUGACAAAUGCCAAGUGCGAGACAUUCAACAAAUCGUGGGUCCUGAUAUAUAAUUGCCGCUUAAAGGCAGUUAGACGACACGUAACUGUUUUGAAUAUUAACAGUACAUAUUUACAACCUGUUAAUAAUUUGUGGGUUCAUGCUGAAAUGUUCAAGAAAGCCAAUGGAUAUAAACCUUGGUUAUUUAAUGCAACGGUUGAUGCCUGUCGUUUUCUACGAAAGCCCAAUAAUCCGAUCAUUUCUUUGAUUUUCAAUUUAUUUAAAGAGUUUACAAAUAUCAAUCACCCAUGCCCUUUCUACGGACCACAACUUGUUGAGGGUUUCUAUCUAAAGCCUGAAUUGUUGCGUCUUCCAUUACCAACUGGCGAGUACUUAUUAGAAAUAACAUGGAUAUUUGAUAAUAGACCACAAUAUUUUACGAAUGUAUAUUUUGAAUUUGUUGAGGAUUUAUAG